AAGGCUCUGCUUCUCCGGAGAUUUAUCCACCCAUUACUCCGCUCAAGCCCUUUGCUCUUUACCGCGAAGGAGGAGGAGGAAGCGCCGGCAAACUGACUGCGUCCCCGUCAACAAAGAUGCUGCUUCUCACCCCCGGCCAUGCACCGACGUUCUUCAACCGCAGACCCCAAAGGCGUUUCAUAAUUUUGGCCGAUUAUUUCCCUUCCUUUCUACCGAAGCAGGUAGAUAAAAUUAAAGACCCUUUUGCUCGAAAACUCGCUGCCAGAAUCGAGAGGCUGCCCGUCAAUGUUAACUUCUCAGAAAGCAGUAUAAUGAGCAGUUGUGUGAAGCCAAUUAUAGAGAGCAAGGAAAACCCAGUGACUAACAUUGUGUGAUGUGGAAUCUAAGCGCCAGCAUUUCUUUCAGUUUUGGAAGUCAUACAUCAAAAGGCCCAUGAUAUUGGUUGGACCUAGCCUUGGUGCUGCUGUUGCAAUUGAUUUUGCCGUGAACCACCCAGAAGCUGUUGAAAGUCUUGUUUUGAUUGAUGCAAGUGUAUAUGCAGAAGGUACAGGAAACUUAGCAAAGCUACCAAGAUCAGUAGCCUAUGCUGGGGUUGGUCUUCUACUCAACAAAGACUUGAUUUUUGCUGCUAUUUGUUUUCUAUUUUAGUUAUAGCUUGUUAAAUCUUUCUAGGGCAAUUCUUCCAUUGUAAGCAGGAUCGUUGUUUUUCCUUUUUUUUUUUUACCCUUUUUUUAUUUUUUUUUGUCCAUAUUGACUUCACCAAAAUGCUAGAAUUCCUGUCAAUUAUUUAUUUACCUUUAAAAUUUUUCAUUUUCUUUUGGUGAAGACAGCUAAAUGAUAUCAUUCCUUGAUACUUGUUUUGAUCCAUUUUGUUGGGGUUGGGGAUAACAUUCAGAUCCUUUUAAGUAACUUCAUCUCAUAGUCAUUGUAUCCUCAAUUGUUUCCACCUUAAUUUUGUGAACAUCUAUUCUUACUCUCGUUCUGAAUUGUCACUUAUCCAUCUCAAUAUAUCUGAAGAGCAGGGAUGAAUUCUUUUGUUCAGUGCUUAUUUAUUUAUUGACUUGGUUCUUUAUUGCUUGUUUCCUCAAUUCCUCAACAUGCUUAUGGAUGGUUGAUGCAUUUCAUUUUCAUAUGGCUGCUAAUUUGAAUAAGUUCCUCCUUUUCUUCUCCAACUGGCUUUUUCUUGGGGAGGUAGAGUGGUUUCCACUUAUACAUUGUUCUAUAACCAUAAGUUCUUCUGGAUUAGGUUGCUUUACUGAAGAGUGUUCCCCUACGCUUAUAUGUGAACUUUUUGGCCUUCAAUGGUAUAUCAUUCAACACCAGCUUAGACUGGACUAAUGUGAGUGUUUCCUUGCAAAACUGGUGCUCAUGAUAGCAAUGCAUAUCAACCAACCUUUUUUACUUUUCUUCCCAGAAAAAUUUUAAUUUCCAGCUGGAAGUAUCUAAUGCCAAAUUUGUUCUUGGAAUCCUGCUAAGAUUGGUCGCUUGCAUUGUCUAUAUCCAUGGUGGGAGGAAGCGACUGUGAAUUUUAUGAUUAGUGGUGGUUAUAAUAUCAGUCAAAAGAUUGAGCAGGUUCGUCUACUGUAACUUUUCUGUCUGCCUAAAUGAAUGAAGCAGCUAUUUCUGC